GUAAAUCCAUCUAGGACAAGAUGAUACCCUCUCUUCACAACGUCCUCCGCUUCCUCGGAAGCGGCCUUCUUGUUCUUGGGGCCAAUGCUGCCUCUUUUUCCAAUCCGCUCAAAGACCCCAAUGGCAGUGACCCAUAUAUGGUGUACGUGGAUGGAUACUACUACCUGACGACGACCACCUGGUCGGACGUCCAGCUCACCCGGGCCACGACGUUAGAGGGAUUAAAGACGGGAGAGUCCAAGGUUGUUUGGAGUGACAGUGAAUCCAGCCGAUGCUGCCACAUGUGGGCGCCAGAAUUCCACCAGAUUGACGGCACGUGGUACUUGUACUAUACUGCCGGUACGAGCGGUGACAGUGUCGAUAACCAGCACGUGCAUGUUCUCCAGGGCGGCUCUUCUCCCUGGGACUCAUACACCUAUCUCGCCCAGAUAACACCCGAAUGGGGCAUUGACGCAACAGUUCUGACCGUCAACGACCAGAACUACCUCAUCUGGUCCUGCAUCGCCAACAGCAUCCAAAGCAACUGCAUUGCAACCCUCAAUACCCCCUCGACGAUCGGCGAGACGCACAUACUUUCCCAACCCCUCGAGGACUGGGAAACUGUAGGCGCACCUGUGAACGAGGGCCCGGCGCCGCUCUACCACGACGGAAAGAUCUGGGUUGCGUACUCGGCCAGCUACUGCUGGACGGCGAACUACUCGCUUGCACUGCUUGCGUACGAUGGGUCUGGAGAUCCGCUAGAUCAAGCGUCUUGGACGAAGUCGGAUGGUCCAGUGUUUGUCUCUGCGGAUGGAAACUAUGGGACGGGACACAACGGCUUCUUCACCAGCCCUGACGGUACGGAGAUUUGGAAUAUCUAUCACGCCACUGCGAUUGCGGAAGGCGCAUGCGAUGGGAACCGGUACACAGCGGCGCAGCGGGUUGAUUGGAAUGAAGACGGAACUCCAAAUCUCGGCGUGGCUCUUGCACUUGGUACAGUGUUGGAGGGUCCGUCGGGAGAGCCUGCUUAG